GUUAAAAAACAUUGCUCCACAUAAUGGCCCAAUUUUUAAGAGUUUAUAUAAAUAGUUUUAUUUUUUUAUUUACUAUAUUAUUUUCAAUAAGAGCCAUCAAUAGCCAUGAUGAUCAUUAUCAUAACAAUAAAAAUGGAAUUUUAGAUCGUAAUAAGCGAGACGUUUUUCCACCAAACAUCUUAAGAAUUCAGAUAAUUCAUGGUAAUCAUACAGAAACGUUUGAGCUUUCAAAGAUGGAACCUGAUUAUCUGGUUAAUUGGAAUGCAUUUGUAUAUGCGUAUAAUAAAAAUGCUGCCAAUAAUUUCAGCAAUCUUGGUCAGAUAUCUUCUUUUAAAAAUCUAACAACAUUUUAUUAUGAUAAACCUACUCAUUCUGCAGUUGUAUUCUAUAAUCAGUCAAUUUUUGGUGGUAAUUGCUUGGUAAAUGGAAUAAUUGGCGAAAAGUACGUUCUUAAAUAUAAACCAUACGCUGAAUAUAAAGGAGUUGCUAAUAUUAGCGUAGAUUCUACAGAUGUUAUUCCUAAAAAAAUUAAGAGAAGAACUAGGAGUAUAUCAGAAGCAUUGAAAACAAACAUAGGAAACUCGUAUGAAAAUCCAGAAUUUUACUUGGAAACGCUGGUUUUUAUUGAUGGAAUAUUGGUCAAUGAACAAUUUCCUGGUGAAAUGAAAAGAGAAAGUAAUCGACAAAAGCUUUAUGUUAUGCAAGUUUUAUCUUUCCUCAAUGUGAUCAAUAUGUUAUUCUCAGAAACUAAUUUUAGGAUAAAUAUUGCCGGAAUAAUAUUCAACCAAAGGUACGAAGAUGGAAGAUUUUUUUUCUUGAACAGUGCUCUCAGUGAUGAUAUCCAUCAAUACAAAAUUCCUCAAGUAGUUGAUGCUUUUUAUGAGGCCUUACCAAAUCUACCUCGUGAUUUAUCCAAUCGAGAUUUAUUUGAUUAUAUUCUCCAUUUAACUGAUUUUUCUUUAUAUGACACUGAAACCAAUAAAGUAACAGAAGGAUUGUUGAGCUAUCCAACAUUUGGAAUCUAUCAAACCAGAAAAUCAGAAUCUUUUCGAUCUUAUCCAUUGAUUAUAUCUAACAGUUCCUUGAACUAUCCAUCAGUGGCAAAUGUUGCACACCAUCUCUUCCACUUGAUUGGGAGUGCCAAUUACAUUAAAAAAUACAACAGCACUAAAAGUAGUCAAUCAACUAUUAUCAGAGACUUUGAUUCAAAAUGUGCUGAUUAUUACGACUGGACAGAAGACUAUUGUGUGUUUAUAAACAAACCACGAGUAAGCAGCUCUAGUCCAUCUAUUCUAGUCAGCAAAAAUGAUCAAUGUUGGUGUUAUGAUUAUUCUUAUAAAUAUCAUAAUGAUAUGAAAAUAACUGGCAGUGAUAUUUGUGCAAAAGGAUUUCAAUGUGAACUUGGUAAAAGAGUUAUAUUGAAUGUAACGUUGGUUUUGGAUGGAACACCCUGUGACAUUAAUAAAGUUUGUUGGAAUAAAGCAUGCACUCAAAUCGGUUAAAGUCCAGAAUAUAACUUUAAAAAAGAUGUGUAUAAUGAAAUGUUAAAAAAUUAAUGUUUAUUUUUGUGUAUUUAUCCAAAACGUGUGAUUUAAAUAUAUAUCAUUUUGAAAAAAA